AAUCUCACCAUCAAAUCUCAAAAUGUCCGACCAAACAAACACCACCGAAUCCAGCACUCGACCUCAAAACGGUCGCGUUGCCAGUUCGAGGCCAUUGCCUCCUGACGGCUACGUGUCGGACUGGUAUCCGUGCUCAAACCAUGCAAUCAACAGCCCUUGGAACGAUCGACAGAAUACUCUCCAGCGACGAAUCAUCGAAGCACUUGGCGACAUCAGAUGGUUCACCAUCGAUGUGUGGCGCAUCGCACAAGCUGAGUCCUACGAAGCCAUGGAUCUCCAAGACCGUUCAUCUCGUCCAGUCACUAUACUCGUCUCAGUCAGGCCGGGCUCCACGACAGUUGAGCAGGGGGAGGCAGCGGUCCUCAGAUGCAGGCAGGUUCUUGAUGAGUUCGAUUUCUCCGAUGUGGAAGUUGACAUCACUGAGGCCAUGGGGUGGGGAUCUUUGGCUGAGCGUUAGCCCAAAUCCUUCCGAUUCCCAUGUCCUGGUCAUCGCUCGUUAACGAUGUUGAGGUAUGGCAUGGGAUGGGGCUUCUUGCUCUUGCGGUGGCCGUUGGAAAGAAGCCUCCUUUUCUAUGUCUGGAUGUCACGUCUUCGUUGACACGGAAAUAAAUGCAAUUGCACA